CCUACACCCAUCCCACUCAGGCCUCCGUACUCAGUACUCUGUGCACUGGCAGCGCUCAGCAUCAUUCUGCCACGCGUUACCUCCUGCGAUCAACAACCAGCCGACACUUCAGUCGCUCAUCAUGCCUGCUACACGCCAACCCGGAUCUCGUCGGGCCACUAGACCCCCAACCCGUUCUGCGCCUGUCGCGGCGCGAUCUUCUGCAUCGCGCUCUAUGACGCGUCAAGCUGCUCAACUUGAGCGCGAGACACGCAUGACGGACCUGCUCGCCCGAUAUGGGUGUCUGUGGGAAGAACACAGCCACUAUAUUCGUCUCAAAGAGAAAACCAAGGAGGGAAUGUCCUCGACUUACGACCGGGCUCUGGAUCGCUGGCUUAACAGUCCAGAGUUUUCGCGGUGGCGGAACAUAGCGAACUAUGCUGCAGAAAAGGAUGGCUUCCUCGAUUGGAUCGACGGUUUGAUUAGGUCGCGUUCCGGACCCUAUACAGAGGUGUCGACUGAAGAACACUGGAUCGUCACAUUCGCUGCUUUCGGCGUGUCGGAUUUACUCCGCUGCAACGAUCCGUGCAUGAGGAAUAUGGGGUCAUUGGGCAGGAUUGAGUCUGCAUUGUGCCCAAAACUCGUCGAAUGUGCCCGGAGGUAUCAAGACUCUGAACCUGAUUUCCUCAAUCAUCCCGCCUGUCCCACGACAAGGGAUGCCUCUCCUCAGCACAUGCUGCUGCCGAACAUCGGUGACACUGCUCGACUCGGGGUCAUCUUUGACUACAAGACACCUACGAUGCGUCGCGCCCGCACCUGUAUUGUCGUCAAGGUCUCGGUGGCGCUGGACGGCUCCGAAUACACCAUUAAACAUCUCACCGCGACGGAUCCAGAUGGUGAACGCACUCAGUCGGUGUUGCUGACCGAGGAUGAGUUCCAAGAAAUCUGGGAUGCUCGAGUGCAGGAAUAGAGGAAUUCUUUGGUGUUCUUUGUUGUCAAUGUUCUGAGUCUCAUACGCCUCUCGUUUCGAUGUUGUGCUAUCCAUUCAUACCCACCAUGCUGAUUCUCUGCUAUAUUGUGCUCCUCGUGUCUGUAUCUGUUAGAGUUUGUCGCCGAUGUACAUUCACCGAGUCUAUUGACCCUCCGAGUGAACCAAGUUAGACUGUCACUACUUCUAGAGCGUCACUGCCUCA